GCAGUCGACGAUCAGCUGGCGGCGAUGAGCGACACCGCGAAAUGCAUUCGCUGUGCCCCCGGCUCGUUUUGUAAGAGCUCCACUCCAGUGCCCUCCAUUUCCCCACAGCGGAAUCGCCAAAUGCCAGCUGGAGCUGGUUAGUUGCAGCCAGGAACACUCUCGCCAUGUAUCGCAAUAUACUCUGCCUGGUGCUGGGCCUCAUCAUUGGCAUUCAACUGACAGACUUCUUAGAGUACUUUCAGCUGACCGAUAGUCAGUUCGCCAGCACGUCCAUUACGCAGCUGGAGGAAGGGGCCAGCCAGCUGGCGACGGAGGAGGAACUGGCCUUGUGGCUCCAUAACGAGACACGGGUACUCUGCAUGGUGCUAACCCUGCCAAAGAAUCACCAAUCAAGAGUGAGACGAGUUAAGGGCACAUGGGGCAGGCGCUGCAACAAGCUGAUCUUCAUCAGCAGCCAGGAGGAUCGGGAACUGGGCGUCAUUGAUGUGGGCGUGCCCGAGGAUCGAAACAACCUGUAUCUCAAAAUGAGGAAGGCCCUAGAGUAUGUGUACCGGAACCAUGGAGAAGACUACGACUGGUUCCUCAAGGCAGAUGAUGACACCUUUGUGAUAAUGGAAAACCUGCGCUUCCUGCUCUAUCCCUAUGAUCCCGAGGCAGCGCUCUACUUUGGCCACAGAUUCCGCACCACCUUUCCGCAGGGCUACAUGUCCGGAGGAGCUGGCUAUGUGAUGAGUCGGGAUGCACUGCGUCGGCUCAAUCUCUUUGCCUUCAACAACAGCCAAUUCUGCCCGAUUAACAACAAUUCAGAGGACAGGCAGAUUGGCUUCUGCCUGCAAAAUGUGGGAGUAGUUGCAGGGGAUUCGCGGGAUGAGGAAGGCCGGGAUCGGUUUCUGCCCUUGUCUCUCAAAUUUAUGCUGCCUACCUUUCCCACCGACAAUUGGCUGCCCAAACUGACAUUUUAUGAACCAGUGAAUGAAACUGGCUCGACUUCGGGAAUCAGCUUUCACUAUGUCAAAAUCCACGAGUUCGAAAUGUAUGAAUACCUGCUAUAUCGAUUGCACAUUUUUGGAACUCCCUUGUCCCAGAGAACGCUGCCACCCCGACUGGGUCCCGAUGAACUGCAGAAUCAGCUGAAUCAGUGGGCUCAAGAAAAUAGCACGAAUUCAAACGCGUGGCUGAAACAAGAAUAAUAUAUAUAGUAUAUUAGUACAUAUUUAAGACUCAUUUUAACAUACCGACAGUCAAAUAGAAUUAGUUUUUAAACUCUUAAGAAUAUCAUUAAAUAGAAAACAAUUGUUUUUAU